ACUAAGACAGGAGCUCCUUCCACCACGAAAUUGCAAGAGGUGGGAUGGCAUUUAUCCGGUCCUCACCCGUCUACAGGGGCAGUUGUCCUGAGUCCAGUUUGAUCCCAUAAGGUAAUGGCAAGCGGGGAAACCAGAACAAAACCAAUGCAUCUUCAACCGCCGGUGAGAAUGGAAUCAACAUGAUUGUUAGCCAUCGCGCCGCGGGUAUUGCCUUCUUUGGUAUUAUUACAGUCAUUCUCAUCAUUCAAUCCUUCCGGCUGCAUGGUGCCCCAGCAAUUCGACAUGUUGGCAGUCAACUUUCCAGCAAAGCCUCAUCAGAUGUCCUGAACACCACUCUGGGAUUCCAAAAGAUCUUCGUCAUCAACCUCCCUGAGCGGACCGACCGUCGCGAUGCCAUGACCCUCACCGCGGCCCUUACCAACCUCCAAAUCACAUGGGCCAAAGGCGUCCCCGGGACUGACGUUCCAGACAAAGUCAUUCCAGGUGAAGACUGGGAAAAGUCCAUCUUGCGCGGCAACAAGGGCUCAUGGCGCGCGCACAUGAAUGUUCUCAACACCAUCAUUGACCACAACCUCACCAGUGCCCUGAUCCUCGAAGACGAUGCAGACUGGGAUAUUCGUCUCAAGUCCCAACUGCAACUCUUUGCUCGAGCAGCUCAGCCCUUUACCGCGAACACACACCAAGCGGCCACAGUGACAGACCCAGACAAGAUCAUCAAUGUCCCCAUCACCUCCAUCCCUUCCCUUUCCAACGAAUCUCUCUCGUCGCCCUACGGCAACAACUGGGACGUGCUCUGGCUAGGUCACUGCGGCACCAACUUCCCUACCUCCAUCACUCUCGCCACCCCUCCAACCAACACCUCCCUGCUUCGUGUAACUAUUCUCAACGACCCGACAGUCCCCAAUCCCGAACAUCUCAGAGCGCACCCAUUCGCUCUACAAGACCAACUAGCCGAGCUCUACCCGCCUCACACGCGCGUCGUGCACCAUUCCAGCGGGGCCAUCUGCACGCAAGCAUACGCCGUCAGCCAGCAAGGAGCGAGGAAAUUGUUGUGGCGGUUUGGAGUCAAGGAGGCGUUGACGAAGGGUUGGGACUUGGUCUUGGGGGAGUGGUGUGAUGGUUUGUUUGCCGAGCAGGGGAGAGACACAGCGCCAGUUUGUGUGACGGUGCAGCCCCCGUUGUUCAGUCACCACUUUGGGAAGGGGGCAGCGUCGGAUAUCACGGCGCCUGGGGGAGGGUUUGUGGAUAAGGAGAAGGAAAUGACACCGUAUGUGAGGUGGAGUGUGAGGUUGAAUAUGGGGCUGUUGGUGGAGGGUGCGGAAGUGAGUGAUCAAUGGCCUGAUGAGUGAUGACGGAUGAUGGUGAUGUGGUCAUGUGGUCAUGUGGGUGGCAAGAGGUAAGGCAGCAGAUACUUCACAUCCCAAAUGCACAUCUAAGAGUCAUUCAUCAAGUUCAUUUGAAACUAUUACUCAUUGCAUAAAAAACGACACUAGGUAUCCCGAGAAAUCCCCCACCAUUUAACUCCAUUCUUAGAUGCUGAUUUGCGAAGAAAGCGUCAAAGUGACAGGCGAACCGGACAGUGUAGUCCAGUAAAUCUUGGGCUCAUUGCCUAGAGCAUCAACAGUAGCCGAUCCAGACGCGGAAGCGGGCACGGUGACGGGGAUAGGGACAGAGCACUGGUUGUUGGUGGCAGUAACAGUCACGCU